AUGUCUGCAGAGCCUCUCUUUAAAUGUGAUCAUAGUGAUGAUCCUGAUUUUCCGAAGAGUUUUGAGUUUCUUCAAACAACCUCUCCAACGAAUCCUCAUGCUAAGAAUUUGCUUGGAAAGGAAAUUACAACACAACACAAGUUGGUGUUUUUCCAACAAGUGAUUGAUCUUGUGAGAUAUGUAUUAUGUUGGACUCCAUCAUCGGAUUCGGGAAAACAAACAGCCUAUGAAGAACUCUUUGGUUCCGAACCUGAAUUGAAUCCUUUCAAGAAUUUAUUGUUUGAUGAAAAAAUUAGUUUGUUGAGCGGAGUGAGAGAAUAUAUUAAGGAACAUCCUGAUAGUGUUCAAUUGGAUCAUUCGGUCGUGGUGGAGGACUCUAGUUUAUAUGAACAAGAAUUGUAUGACAAGCCCAAUGAAGAUGUUUCUAAAAAUUUUGCAAAAUUGAACAUUCAUACCAAUUUGAAAGAUGGCAAACACAGUAGUGAAUCGUUCUUGCAAAAUGUCAAGAAGAAUGUCUUUGGUCUCUCUGCGGAGGAGUAUUUAUUGUUGAGAAAAUCUGUUCAUUUGUGCAAUACGGGAAUUUAUUUAUUUAUUCGAGGUUGGGAUCCUCAAUGCACCACAGGAACUCCUCAACGAGUUGCUAAACUCAUUGUCGAUAAUAUGGCAUGGCGAUGGAUUUACACUCCAGAACUGACCAAGUGGGAUGACAUUGUUGAAAGUGCAAAAUAUGGAUCUCUCUAUGAUUAUGGAUUUGAUCUUGAAGGAAAUCCAAUGCUUUACAUGAUUGUUGGAAGAGAAAAUUUGAAAACCAAAAUGGAUGAUCGAGCAUUAAUGUUACGUUUUCGUCACUUGUGUCUCUGCUUUGAACAUAUGGUCGAUCGACUCUAUGAUGGUUCCUCUCAAAACUAUCUCGGCAAGGAUGAGAAGGAUCAUUUAGGCCAAGCUCCGUUCCAAAUUACUUGGGUUGUUGACAUCAAAGAUAGCUCGAUUAAUAUUGACUUGGUCAAGAAGAUCAAAUUCAUUUUUGAUUUGCUUGGUUUCUAUUAUCCUGAACGUUCUGAGCUUGUGUUUGUCAUGAACGUGCCAUGGUACGGAAAAAUGUUGUGGGCAGUAAUUUCUCAAUUUUUGACACAGAGACAACGAGAUCAAUAUCAAUUCUUAUCAGAUCCUUACAUUUCAAGACUCACGAAAUCGAUUGAUCCCAAAUUCAUUAGCUCUGACUUGAACAUUUCAGGAAUUGGUGCUGGCACUGAUUCAACCUAUACAUUUAACAUUCGGAAUAGAAUGAAAAAGUACAGUGGAGAGCGUGUUGUGAAAUGGAUUUAA